AUGGUUAGAAAUCCGAUGGUAAUCAAUCAAGGCGGUGUUAACAAUGCUAAUUUUCCUAUCUACACUCCGAUGACCAGUUUUCAGACUCAUGGUAACACUUCUUUGGGUGGUAGUCGAAUUCCAGCUAACACUUCAAUUGUUUAUUUUCAAAUUUGUGGUAACACCGCGGGCAUCAUCAAUCCAAACCAAGUACCACCAAAAGGAUUAAAAAAGAGAGCUAAAGAUGCCCAAACAUCAAGUGGCAAAAAAGAUUGGGGAGCUUUGACAAAUGCAUGGUUGAAUGUGUCUUUGGACCCUAUUGUGGGUAACAAUCAAAAUACUGCAUGCCAUGUGGUAUGGAAGGAAAACAUGGGGCCUGGAUGCAAAUAUCUUAGAUCGUCUAAUAGUUUACAAUGCCAUUGGUCCAUAAUACAUGCAACAGUUAACAACUUUGCAGGAGAUUAUUCUAAACUAGAGAGGCAUCCUCAGAGUGGUACAAACUCAAAAGACUUGAUUCACAAGGCGUUGGGUAUGUACAAGGAUAUAGAAGAUAGACAAGCGGAUGAUGAAAACAAGUCGCCUACAUCGGAAGAGUAUUUGUUGAAUAUCACUGAUGAUAACGUAACACCUGAAGGUGUGGUGGAUGCAUUAAACCAGUUGCAGUCCACUUUGGCAAAGCAAAUUAGUAUCAAUGAAAAAACUUGGGAGAUGAGAAAGAAAAAUGAAGAAGAAAAUAUUCAGUUGAAAAGGCAGACACUAAACAGAGAGAUGGAAAUGAAGAUGAAAGAACAAAAGAGAAAGCGACAAGAACGGAUAAUGAACCAAGAUUUAAGUAAGCUUACACCUGUAGCUAGAAAUGCAUAUGAAGCCAUGCUGACCAAGAUUUUGAAAGAAUGGGAAAAAGAUGAUAUUUGA